AUGUAUUCACUAGUCGAGAUUGCCGCGGUAGUCUGUCUAGUCUGGAGCUUCUUCAUCAUCGUUAUCGAGGCCAUAGGCAUCACCGCCAUCUUCAAGAAUUUCUCCCGUCCUCCCCGCGCGGGUAUAUCCCCCACCCUCGGUCAAGAUGCUCCCCUCGUGACGAUAAUCCGACCGGUCAAGGACCUCGAGCCGGGACUGUACGAGUGCAUCGCUUCGUCCUUCCGCCAGACGUACCCUCCCUCCCGACUGUCCAUCAGGCUGUGCGUCGAGGACCGCAGCGACCCCGCCUACCCCGUCCUGGAACGGCUGGUGGCCGACUUCCCCCACGUGGACGCGCGCGUCAUGGUCGAGACGGACAGCUCGGCAACGCAGGUGCAGAACCUGGGGCCCAACCCCAAGAUCCGCAACAUCAGCCGCGCCUAUGCCGAGGCCAGGGGCGACAUCAUAUGGGUCAUGGACUGCAAUGUCUGGGCCGCGCCCGGCGUGCUGGGCCGCAUGGUUGACAAGCUGGUGGGGUACAGCGGCAGCAACGGCGCCGUCACGCCCUACAAGUUAGUCCACCAACUGCCCAUCGUCGUCGACGUGCCGGGCACGUCGCGGCCGUCGACGCCGUGCCUGGAACACCAGUCUCUGCUGUCGUCCCCGCUGGCCUCGUCGCCGCGCGGCACCUCGCCGUCCGUCCUCACCAGGGGCGGCGGCCGCCUGGACGAGAUGUUCAUGGCGACGACGCACGCCAAGUUCUACGGGGCCAUCAACAUCGUCAGCGUGGCCCCCUGCAUCGUGGGCAAGAGCAACAUGUUUCGCAAGUCGCAUCUGGACCGCGCCACCGACCCGGAGCAGAACCCGGCACUGCCCAAGAAUGACUACCUCAGUCGCCCCAAGGGGGUGGACUACUUCUCCCACAACAUCUGCGAGGACCACUCCAUCGGCGAGCUGCUCUGGCACACGGCCAUCCCCGGCCACGCCAAUCACGGCCUCGUGUGGGGCGACCUGGCCGUCCAGCCCGUGUCUGGCGUCCCCGUGCCGGCCUACGUGGCCCGCCGCGUGCGCUGGCUGCGCGCCCGCAAGUUCACCGUCCUGGCUGCCACGCUGGUCGAGCCCGGCAUCGAGUCGCUCCUGUGUGGCGUGUACGCCUCGUUCGGGCUCACCACCGUGCCCCUGGUCGGCGAGCUCACGUCCAUCCCGCGCACCUGGUCUGCCAUGGCCGUCGUGUGGCUCGUCUUCGUCACGUCCUGGAUGCUGGCCGACUGGGCCGUCUUCUGCCGGCUGCACGCCCUCGAGUCCAACACCGACGUCGAGGACGAGAACACCCCGACCUUUGUCAGGCGCGGCACCACCACCGCCCGCUCCUUUGCCGAGUGGCUCCCCGUCUGGAUCGGCCGCGAGGUCCUCGCCCUGCCCAUCUGGACUUGGGCCGUUCUGCUCGGCGGGACGAUCAACUGGCGUGGCAAGACUUUCAAGGUGCGUUUCGACACCACUGUCAAGGAGGUGCCUGCUUCGUCUGAGUCCUUGGUGAAUGGGCAUCAGAAUGGCAACAAGAACAGGGUGGACUAG